AAAACUCACAGAAGAAAAUAAUGGGUUAAUGCAGAAAACUGGUACUUCCAAUGACGGGGUUUUCUCAGAUGGAGGUUGCAUUUUCAAAUCAAACAAACAGCAUGUUGAACCCCCUUAGCUUGAGGCUGCAGAAUAAUUUGUGGACAGGUUGCAGGGUUCUUCGGCGAGAUAUUGUGAGAUAUGGAAGCUUGGGGAUUGCUUUGUCUUGUCUUGCCUUCACCAUCUCAAACUGGAAGGCAAUGCAAUAUGCAUCACCUAAAGCUAUUUGGAAUGUGAUAUUUGGGAUCAACCAGCCAUCUCUUAAACAGAAGGAAGGUGAAUCAAACAUUGAAAGAAUCCAACAAUUUGUGAACUAUAUAUCGGACCUGGAAACUAGAGGAACUGCUCCUAUCGUGCCAGAAUUUCCAGCAAAACUUGAUUGGUUGAAUACAGCUCCCAUUAAGUUUAGCAGGGAUCUGAAAGGAAAAGUUGUUCUGCUAGAUUUUUGGACCUAUUGUUGUAUAAACUGUAUGCAUGUCCUGCCAGACCUAGAGUUUCUGGAGAAAAAAUACAAAGAUAUGCCGUUCACUGUUGUGGGAGUCCAUUCUGCAAAAUUUGAUAACGAGAAGGAUUUAGAAGCCAUUCGCAAUGCAGUGUUACGCUAUGGCAUCACUCACCCGGUUGUCAAUGAUGGAGAUAUGUAUCUAUGGCGAGAGCUAGGUGUCAAUUCAUGGCCAACAUUUGCUAUUGUUGGGCCCAAUGGUAGGCUUCUUGCACAAGUAUCCGGUGAAGGUCGCCGCAAGGAUCUCGACGAUUUGGUAGAGGCAGCUCUUCUGUUCUAUGGAAGAAAGAAGAUGUUGGACAAUGCACCAAUUCCUUUGAGUUUGGAGAAAGACAAUGAUCCUCGUUUAGUUACAUCUCCGUUAAAGUUUCCUGGAAAGCUUGCAAUUGAUGUCCUAAACAAUAGGCUCUUCAUUUCAGACAGUAAUCAUAACCGCAUAGUGGUAACCGACCUAGAUGGACAUUUUAUUGUCCAAGUUGGAAGUACUGGAGAGGAAGGUCUGCGUGAUGGUUCAUUUGAUGAUGCCACCUUUAAUCGGCCUCAGGGACUAGCUUACAACCCAAAGAAAAAUCUCCUCUAUGUUGCAGAUACUGAAAACCAUGCUUUGAGGGAGAUUGAUUUUGUUAAUGACAAAGUGCGUACCCUUGCUGGGAAUGGAACCAAAGGCUCUGAUUACCGAGGGGGAGGAAAAGGAAGUACUCAGCUCCUCAACUCUCCAUGGGAUGCCUGCUUUCAUCCAGUCAAUGAGAAAGUUUAUAUUGCCAUGGCUGGCCAACAUCAAAUCUGGGAACACAAUACAGAUGGUGGAGUUACUAGAGCUUUUAGUGGUGAUGGUUAUGAAAGAAACUUGAACGGAUCAAGCUCUUCAAGCACAUCGUUUGCACAGCCUUCUGGAAUUUCAUUAUCUCUUGAUCUCAAGGAGCUAUAUAUUGCUGAUAGUGAGAGUAGCUCCAUUAGGGCACUUGACCUAAAAACAGGAGGAUCGAAAUUGCUAGCUGGUGGUGAUCCAGUUUUCUCAGACAAUUUGUUUAAGUUUGGUGACCAUGAUGGAAUAGGGUCUGAAGUGCUUCUUCAACAUCCACUAGGCGUCUUAUGUGCACAGAGUGGUCAAAUUUAUAUAGCAGACAGCUAUAAUCACAAGAUAAAGAAGCUAGAUCCAGCUAAUAAGAGAGUUAGUACUGUAGCAGGGAUUGGAAAAUCUGGCUUCAAGGACGGAACAUCUCUAGAAGCUCAGCUUUCAGAGCCAUCAGGAAUCGUUGAAGCGAAAAAUGGAAGAAUUUUCAUAGCUGAUACAAAUAACAGUCUAAUCAGAUAUCUAGACUUAAAUAAGGAAGAAGUUGAACUUCAUACAUUAGAGCUGAAAGGGGUUCAGCCUCCCACAGCAAAAUCAAAAUCUUUGAAACGCCUCAGAAGACGAUCGUCAGCUGACACGCAGACCAUUACGGUUGAUGGUGGUUCAUCCAAUGAGGGCAACUUGUCUAUUAAAAUAUCAGUACCCGAAGGGUAUCAUUUUUCAAAGGAAGCUCGCAGUAAGUUUAGCGUAGAAACUGAGCCUGAAACUGCAGUUUCCAUGGAUCCCCUGGAUGGAUAUCUUAGUCCAGAAGGAUCAGCAAUUCUUCAUUUCAAGAGACCCUCCCCCUCAGUUUCGCUGGGGAGAAUUAAUUGCAAGGUUUAUUAUUGCAAGGAAGAUGAGGUCUGUUUAUACCAAUCGUUAUUAUUCGAAGUAACCUUCCGAGAGGAAAGUCCAGAAUCCAACCCAGAAGAAAUCACACUCGCAUAUGUUGUAAAGCCAAAAGCUUCGACAAACAGCUUACAGCUACCAGUUGCAGGCUGACAUUAAUAUUUUGUACAGGUCUUGUAAUAUCUCCUACACUAUUAUUUGUUCACCAUGGAAAAAGGAUGCCAAAUGAUUUGUUGCCAAAAAGAUUUACACGGUAAUAAAUAUGCUUCUUCCUACUUCUCUCAUUGUAAUAUUCUGGUUUUGCCCUUCCAAGCAUGAGAUCAUCCUAA